CUGAAGAUAAUUUGUUUCGAUUAAUUUGGUAGAUACUAGUACCGAUAUUUUAAAUUCAACUUUCUAGGUAUGAGACAUUGUGGUUGCCAUUCGCUGCAGAACAUAAGGAUCUGACUCUGACUGCCCCGCUAGACAUUGCAUGGGUGUGGCAUUGUCAUUUACUAGCCCCCGAAAUGUACGUCAGCGACUGUCUGCGGACAUGUAAUACGGAAGUCAACCAUAGCCUUACACCAACUAUAGACGCCGCGGGUACAGAACAAUUAUGGUCAAAGAAAUACCCGGAUGUUAAUUUCAAUGUGAAUCUCGUCGAAACGGGAAUCAAAUUACCUUCAUACGAAUCUCGCAUCCAGUACGACUUGGAAGCCGCAGCAGAAAGACAGCAAAUGUUCUACUAUCAAGUCUCCUUACCUCAUUAUACUGAUGAAAAAUUUCUUCAAAAUGCUAUAAAGCGGUACAAGCAAUUUCUAACAUUAAAACGGCUAAAUCCAGAAUCUUUUGUUGUUCCAUGCUAUGAUGUGGACUUAAUUUGGCAUUCACAUCAAGUUCACCCGGCUGGUUAUAAGAAAGACACAGAAACCCUUCUAGGAAAACUGUUUAAUCACGAUGACUCUGUCAAUGACAGAAGAGAAGGAUCAAAACUCGUUGUCUCUGACCGGGAGACACGAACGUUAUGGCGCGAAGCAUUUGGAACGAACUUUUCAGAAUUCGGUGCAAUGUACAGAGGUAAACCAUCGAAAGGCCAUUUGUUUACUGUUCCCAGUGAAAUCAUUGAGCAGCACUGUUCCAAACAUUUAGAACUUCAAUUGAACAAAGCAGAAAUUUUAGACUAUACACCGUCUUUGAAAGAUCAUCAACUGAUACUAAGUGCAUUGUUCAGUAAUGGAGUAGCUAAAGAACUUAUAACACUGAAGGAACAUGUCCAAGGAGUAUGGAACACAUUCUCCCACAAAAUACCAAUGUGUGAUAUCGACACAGAAAAGGUGGAAUCCAUCAGUGUGGAGCUUUUUAAGUACGGUGCCCUUGGAAUAUUAGGAACUUUAGUGGGAAGCGGAAGAAUAACGUGUAAAGAAUUAAUAAAGAAUUGUAAAAACUUCUCAUCAGACGUGUCUUCGACUGUACGUUUAUCUAAUGGAGAAUCCAUUGUUCUACACCACACAAUCAAGAUUACAGAAUCUAGAGACUGUUCUUUGAUGUUGGAAGCGGGAAAUUUUGAGACGGCGAUCAUUCCCGAAAAUAACGAAGAUCCCUGGGGACUCAUUCCUUUUCCGCGCCUCCCUGAAGGAGUUGACAACAGUUGUUAUGUGGCAAAUCACAGAAUACGAAACACAGACGGAGAAGUGAUGUUCACAGCACGCGAAAUACACAGUUUGUCACUGAUGACGUCAGUAGUUCACGUGUUUUAUCUCGAUAAGCUGAGUGUCAUCUGUCAUAUGAUAGGUCCUGACACUCUACCAACUCCAUCUCAGGUUCAGUCUUCUAAUGAGAAUCCCCCAAUUACUCUCUCACCACAAGAAGGAGAACGAGCUAUGAUAAUAAAGAAUAACGAAGGAGACUGGGCUAUAUUAGUUGGACGCUGGACAGGGGUCAGGAAGGGUGAACCAGGAGUAAUAGCCACCAAACAAAAUGCAGGUAGAACAGCUACAGGAAGCCCAGGUCACCUAGAGGUUAUGAUGUAUACAUUGCCUACAGUUGGGAAGCGUUCGAAAAUGGUUUUUUACAAUGAACAGUUGAGUUAUGACUUCAAAGUCAAACCUGAGAGUUUUAUAGCUGAUUUUUCAAAAUGUACUUUAAACAUUUCUCCAAAAGAUAGUGCUGAAAAUAUUGCACUAGUAUUUUGCAUCAAUAUUUUACAAGCACUUUGUAAACCACUCGGAAAUGGUGAUGUAGGGAUUUUAGAAACCACGUACGGCGAUCAAAAUAAAUGGGAUGAUCUGCCUUUUAAAGAAAAACUUGGGAGGAGCUGGGACAAGGCUGAAUGGGGCGUAGAAGAUGGGGACGGCGAUGGAGGGGGAGAUGGAGGGGACGGGGGAGGGUGUGGUGGGGGAUGUGGAGGGUGUGGGAGUUGA